GUUAUUUAUUCCAAAAUCUGAUGUCCUGCAGUUGGUGACAUUGCAUUAUGUUGUCUACGUCAUGCUCUCAAAGAUAAGGGGCUAAAUAUUACAAGAUUGUUGGCAAAAGAAGGAAAUUGGGAUAUUAUUCCACUCACGAGAAGAUCAUCUACAAGUGGAGAAGAUUGCAGACAACUGCCAACUUGGACAGGCCUGGCCAUUCCAGCAAGUUCUUGCAAUAAGGAUUCAAUACACUCACAGUUUGUUGCUACUGUCCUUGCUGAACCAGGCACUUCUAAGCUGUAAGGAAGAGGAAAAGCACUUAGAGCAGCAACUCCGGGAAUGCAGAGUUCUUUUGGGUCCUUGGAAAAAGGAGAAGUGUGAGAAUCUGGAGCAGGAUGAGAAGGAGGAUGUCACUGGAGACAGUGCUCCAUCAGAGAAGGAGAUGCAGGAGGUGGAACUGCUUAAUAAAGCUCUAGAGAAAGCCCUGAGGGUGCGAGGCACCAGCAGUUCAGAAACAAGUGCGGUCAAAAUGCCAUCAAGUGCUCAAAGGACACAGAGCCACCCAACUAUUGUAGAGAAGCCUGCCAAGCAACCUAGUAAAACUGUAGAUCUACGCACAAAGUCAGCGGCUUAUCGCUUGAAUCCUCCAUACAGGACUAAUCCAGAGAAAAAAAGGGUUUGUGGAUCCGGAAGGGCAACUUCUAAUGGCAAAUCUGUGCUCUUGGCAAGUUCAGCUCCGCCUGGAAGAACAAACGACAAUAACACUAAGUCAGAAUCUAAAGAAGAAUUGAAAACAGGCAAAAAUAUGAUUGGAUCGUCUAUUGGUGAUUCUUCUCUACCUGCUCCCUCAGAGAACCUAGGGGACACAGAGCCGUGUUAUGUUAAACUAAAGCAUAUAGGAGCAUCUUUGAAGCUGCCAAUGGAGUAUCGGCGGGAGUACACUAGAAAUAAUAAAUUGUGGGAAAAAUUCUACGAGAUUCAGAACAUCAUUUCUUCACCACAGCCAUUGCUUAUGGAGAUGUUACAAGAGACCUUUGUUGCAGGCUCCCCAAGGCAGAGUCUCGCUGAGUUGGAAGAAGAGACACUACGGCUGAAAAUGGCUGUCACCAGCAUACAACAGAGGAUAGACAUCACUGAAAAAUGGCCUGCAGCUGGUUCUCGUCAUUGGUUAAACUACCGUGCACUCAUGAGCUUGGAGGUUCUGCAAGAGGAGUUGGCCCAAGACCUUUUGGCUCUACGUCUCCUCAAGCAAGAUGUAGAGCAAUAUCUAAAGUGGGAUGAAGGAAGCCAUGCUGGUACCAUACCACUAAAGCCUAGAUGUUGCCCCGCCUCUGUACGUCUGGCUCCUCCUCUUCUUGUAUACAACCAGUUUCAAGAGCUUUCCCAACUGACCCGGUGCAGGCUCCGCAUUCUGGAGCUGCAACAGAAGAUCUAUUUACAGAAGGUGCUGAGUGCGGAGCUGCUUUCCGAGGCUGAUUCAUGCUGUCACGAUGCCCCAGAAUCCUGGAUGCUCUUCAGAGCCAUUUACACACAGCUGUGUGAGGGGGGAGAUAGAUUCCCUGUGCUCGUUCGUGAAGACAACUGAACAAGAUCAGGUGCACGUAUACACUCGGCCCAUGGAUGACUAGUAAAAGUGUAAUUUCCUUGA